CAAACACAUCUCUCUCUCCUUACGCUGAGAGCUCCUCAUCUCUCUCGAUAUGUUUCCGGCGAGGAAUCCGGCGCCGCAGCCGUCGACCAUCUCUUUCAUCUGAAUCGUGCCCUAGCUCUUCCUCAAAUCCUCUGGAAAAGGCGAAGAUGAAAAGCCCCAAUUUUUCUCCUUCAUCUGAAUCGUGCCCUAGCUCUUCCUCUGCCCAAAUCGUCGCCGCCCUGCUACAACUUCCGGCGGCAUCGCCGCCCUACGCGGCUCUGAAACUCCGGCAAAGUCGACGCCGUGCACCGGAGUGUCUUUCUCUCUCAAUUCCCGUUCACAACAGAGCUCGUCUGCUGGCGAAUGGAGCUCGCCCUUCUCUCUUUCCCCGUGGAUCUCCGCUGCGAAUAGCUCCGGCGAGGCCGGCUGUCGCCGUCUCUGAAAUUGGCGACGCCAGCGCCGUCCCCUGCUCCACAUCUCACAUCCUCACUCACGCGCACCCGACGGAGGCAAGGGUCGUGCCCAGUCCUCCCAUCACAAACCGCCGCGACGCCGCCUCUUCUCCUGCCGUUUCGGCAGCCAUUCGCUAUUGUUUCCGAUUGUCUCAUCGACAAAGGUGGUUAUGCCUCAGCUGCAGCCACUCACCGACCAGCAAACCGCCGAUGUUGAUAACUUGAAGCACUCGUGUAUGCAGGCUAAGGACGCCCUGUCGCAAGGGAUGGAGAAGCUCCAGCAGACCCUCGCGCAGAGCGUCACCUUCCUGCCUCCGGGAGCAGGAAACUACUGCUCCCAGACCGCCUUUGCCCUCGAGAACUUGGAGUCUCUCGAGAGCUUCAUAAACCAGGCGGAUCAUCUGCGACAGCAAACUCUACAGCACAUGUCGUGUAUAUUAACUACGCGACAAGCAGCCACCCUCUGA